AUGGCCGAGUCAGUAUCUGGGCGAAGCUUAAGCAUUUCAGCAGAGCACGAGCCAUUGCUGGACGAUCUCGAUAGCGAAGACCUUGCCGUGGAUCAAAGAACUGCCACUGUCCACAACAGCGCGACUGCCAAGACGAAGAGAGAGUUGGUGCUGUUGCAAUGGCGGCACUUCGAGAGCAAGAUCAAGGUUGCUGCUGUGAUGUUUUGCUUCUUUGUAACGGGCAUGCAUGUCACAUCAAUAGGAGUUCUACUUCCCGUGGUCGAAUCGUAUUACAGCCUCAGCGAUACCCAAGCUGCCUUUAUCUUUCCUCUUGGAGUCAUUGGCUAUGUCUGCGGCACCAUUUCACUCACUAACACUCUCUCCCGUUAUGGUUGGCGAGGAAUGGCAUCUGCAGCACCUUUUCUUCACGUGGUUGCGAUGUCGACACUAUCUACUGGUCCACCAUUCUUCGUUGUGCUAUUUGCACAUCUCGCUGCAGGUCUAGGAACUGGCCAUUCAGACGCUGGCGUAUGUGCCUGGGCUAGCCGACUGCCCUACGCCAACGUCGUGCAGGGCUUGAUCCAUGGGUCUUUCGCGCUCGGAUGCAUAACAGGUCCAGUCCUCUGCGUCGCUGUACUUCAGGUAAAUCUUCAAUGGUAUGUCUUUUACCGGAUCAUGAUCGUGUUCACCAUCCUUGAGUUCAUUGUCCUUGCUGCAGCUUUUCGACACGAGGACCUGAAAAGGUAUUCGGCAGCACAUGAUCCCCAGCCUGAGGAGAUGGAAACCGGGAGCUCUCCCCGAACGAAACUCGUCUGGCUGUGUGGACUCUUUUACUUUGUCUAUCUGGGUGCUGAAUCAUCUUUCACAAACUGGACGCCGACUUACAUGCAGCGCAUCCGCCAUGCCGAUUCUACGACAGCUUCUCUGUCCUCGUCAAUCUUUUGGCUCGGUAUGGCUCUUGGGAGAUUCUUUCUCGGACCUGUGACAGAAUACUUCGGCCUCCCUGUCUCGGUUUCUGCCUACAUCGUCCUGGGAACACUUUCGGAGCUUAUCUUCAAAUUGACAUCGAGCAUCAAAGUCGCUCUGUUCGCGCUUAGUGGCUGCGGCUUCUUUCUCGGUCCCAUGUUCCCAUCUGGCGUGCUGCUACUGUCUCAGAAAUUGAACAAGCAGCAGUAUGUCGGUGGUGUGGCACUCGCUGCAGCCUUUGGGCAAAUUGGCGGUGCUGGAGCGCCUUUGAUAAUCGGUUUCAUGGCUGAUAGACUUGGUCUACAACACCUGACGAAUGUUGUGUUAGUUUUGUUUAUAUUGCUGCUGAUGACGUGGAUGUUGUUUUGCAGGUUCAGUUGA